AAAAUGGCAGAAGAAGCUAGCCAGAAAUCUAUGCUGUAUUUUUUGGAGGUUUUGAUGAAUUCAAACAAACCAAUAACGCUGACUCAAUUAGCUGGCCAUUUUGGUAGGAGAUCUUUUUCUAAUGAAAUGAGAAUUGCAGCUGGUGGAAAUGAGCUGGGAUUAAGAAAUUUGUUAUCUAGAUACCCCUCAAUUUUUUCAAUA